UCCAAAUUGCUUUUUUCGGGCGGCCAUUUUGAAUGUUUCUGUUGACCGUCACUUCUAUCGUCUGCGGUGAUUUGUUUUGUCUAAAUACAAGAUCUCAGCAAUAUGUUCUUGAUAGGUUAGUAAUGAGAAGUGUACUACCACAUGGAGAACUUUGUGCUGUAUGAUGAGGUGGGGAGAGGCACCAAAUCUGUGGUGUACAAGGGCAGACGGAAGGGAACUAUCAACUUCCUGGCCAUACACUGUGUGGACAAGAGCAAGAGGGCAGAAGUCACUAACCAUGUUCGUCUGACCCAUGAGAUUGACCAUUCCAACAUUGUUCGGUUCCACGAGUGGUACGAGACCAGCAACCACCUGUGGCUGGUAGUGGAGCUCUGUACAGGUGGUUCACUGGAAACACUGCUCGCUCAGGAUGGUAGCCUGCCGGAAGAUGUCAUCAGACAGUUUGGGGUGGAGAUCAUCAGAGGACUGCAUCAUAUCCAUGAAAUGGGGGUGUUGUUUUGUGACCUCAAUCCCCGUAAGAUCCUGCUGGAUGGACCAGGUGUGUUGAAGCUGAGUAACUUCAGCCUGGCUCGUGUGGAGGAGGAAGACUUGGAGGAGUUUUUCCGACAGACGUCAGCGGAGUACGAACAGUCGGAGGACCACGGCGACGCCUCGGACGACUCAACUCCCAAGAAAAGGAGAACUCUGGGUUCUCCAGUAUACAUGGCACCAGAAAUCCUCCAGGGAGACGGGCAUUCCAUGCAGGGUGACCUUUGGUCUCUUGGCUGUCUCCUCUACGAGCUUUUUACAGGAAAUCCGCCAUUUUUCGCUGACAACUUCACCGAGCUCGCUGACCAGAUUCUCAACAAGGACUUCCCCACCCCACGAGUGCGUGGUAUCAUCCGACCCUCACCAGACUUUCUCACUUUGUUGGUAGGACUUCUCAAAAAGGAACCUCAAGAAAGGUUAGACUGGGAGGGCCUGCUAUCCCAUCCCUUCUGGCAGGGGGCAUUUCUAGCCAGAACAGGCAGUGCAGAUGAGAAGGAUGGGGAGAAGGAAGAUCAGACAGAGACCUCUCCUGAAGGGUCUCUCCAGAGACAUAAGAACAUCAUGUUGUCUCCACUGGGGAAGAGUGAGGAAGGUUCUCCCAGGAAGAGUAUGAUAGCAUCCUUAAAACUGGAUGACACAGGAGAACUACUUGUUCCUCAGAAUGCUCCAGAUGUGAAAGAAGGAGUCUUCACCUUAAGUUCUACUCAUAAGUCUGCAAUGAUCGACCAAGAAGACCAGGAGAAGUUGGCUGCCACUGCACGCCCCCAGACACCAAAAGAUGCUAAGAAUAAGAACAAGGGACGAGAGUCUUCCGCGUCCAAUGUGACACGGUCUACACGGAAGACCAGUGUGUGUGAGGAUAAUGAAGAAGUGUUGGAACUGGCCUAUCACGACUCUGAUUGGACUGUAACUCCAAUAGUUGACAAUCCAAAGAUCCAGAAGCCUGCACCAUUGAAGUGGGAAAGCAAGGGCCUUCCUGUACCUGCUCACUCAGCUGACAAACUGUUGAAGAUGAAGACCGUGGAGGCCCGUGCACACCUGUCUGCCUGUCUGGAGUACAUCAGGGCACCUGACAAGGGAGCAGCUGGACACAAGGCUAAACUACAGCUGCUCAACUACCUGACAGCCAUCGCUUCUAAAGAUGGAGUGGCCAACAUGGUCAUCAAGAUGAACAUGCUGACCAGUCUUGCUCAAGUGAUGAAGACGACAACUUCACUUGAUCUUCGACAGAAGCUAGCCAGGAUGAUUGGAGUUUCAGCCAACCAUUCCACUGUAGUCCAUGAUGAUGCACAACUUUCUGAGAUCUUUACAGCCCUGGCUGAGGUGAUUCGAGACAACUUCCGUAACGCCCGGCUGAAACAGAGCCUGCUGCCUGCUCUGGGGGAGCUCAUGUUCUUGGUGUCAUCCCUGGAGGAACAGAAAGGGGGCGCUGUUGAGAACUGGACCAUCUCUCCUCUGUGCUUCACACUUGUCAUGAGAUGUCUGCGAGAAGGGGAGGAUGCGGUGGUUCACCACAUUGCGGCUAAGAUUGUGGAGAACAUGGCGACCACGUCCGGCGCCCACAGGGAGAGGUUCGUGACUCCCGAGAUUGGACCCAUGCUCUGGUACCUGUUCACCCACUCCACGGUCGACGCUCUCAGAGUCACCGCUGUGUCUGCAAUGUGCAGGCUGAGUAAACAUUCCAGCACAGUGUUCCAGAGUGUGAUAGACAAAGUGGGCCUGCCCCAUGUGCUGGAGUCCCUGGUGCUGGGCAUCUCCCGUGUGCAGCAGUCUGUAGUCACCAUGUUCAUCACCAUGCUGGCUUCAGGGGGACAUCUACAGAGGCUGGUACAGGACAAGGAUUUUGUUCAGAAGUUGAUGAGGCUGCUGGAAAGUCCAUCACUGAUUAUCCGAGCCAAAGCUUUCCUGGCCAUCCAUGAAGUCAUCAGGAACAACAGGGAGAUGUUACUGACCUGCUGUCAGGCAAGACUUGUGAUGUACAUUGAGCGAGACAUGAGGAGAACCCUCCCAGCUAAACCUGACCAGCAGGAGGACAUAGAGUACAUGAUGAGAUGUCUGGACCUGCUUAACGGGCUGUUUGUGGCAGAGUUACCUCAAGUUAUGGGUGAAGCUAUUUCCAGCCUUGAGGCAAUAUCAGGCAGAAAGCAUCCGUCGUCCACCCAGGCAAAACAGCUGAAGCUACAUGUGCCACUGUUACCUGUUAUGCUGCACCUGGCUACUAGUCAGGUUUUCCGCCCAAAGAUAGUAACUGAACAGUUCAUGUCAGGCAUUGGAACACUACUGACACAUCUUCAAAGUCUGGACUCAGGAGCCACCAGUAUUGAAACAGCACUGGGUCCAUCUGCUAUGGAGGAUUUGAUGCAUGUUGUACUGUCAGUACUGGAGGCUCUAGCACAGCACCCGACCAUCCUCACUCAGUACCACACUGUGGUUGUCCAGAAAAUAUUGCCUCCAUUGGCUGCCCUGGUUAGCAGUGAGAAUGCCAAUACCAGGGCCCUUUGUCUGCGGAUGCUCUCCGAGAUUGCCUCCCUGUAUUUCAUCAACGAUGAUUUCUACGACAUGGGAGCUACCUCAGACCAGACUGCAGCAAACAACAGUCAACUCAACCUUAUCGUGGUUAAAAUGUUGUUUCCUCAAUAUGAACAGCUACUCUUGGAACCAGACCCACUGCCAUGCUAUGCGCUAAAGCUCUUGCAAGCCCUGCUGGAAAGGAGCCCUGUGUUUGUCAGGAACCUUGAAGAAAUGGGCUUGGUCCAUGUUCUCUUCCAAGUGAUAAUAGAACACCAGGACAAUGCAACCAGCAGUACCAUGCAAAGCCUGAUGGGAAUCUUGAACUGCAUUGUGGGAUACAAAGACACCAACAUGCAGACCCUAUAUGAUCUAGGUCUAGUAGACCAGCUGAUGUCCAUGCUACUGGAGGUGACCAGUCAGUGUAUGGAGUCUGAGGAGAAAGGGGACGUGAAGGCCCCCAUCGCCUCCCUGCUGUCCCUGUUAGACACUCUCCACUGCCUGCUCAAAUACAUCACAAACCUGAUCAGGCAGGCACUACAGGGCCAGAAGUCAGGAGAACAGACCCAGGCAGCAGAGCACCUACUGGUAGUGAACAAGCCUUUGGUGGAUCUCACCAGCUUACUCAUUCAACUGUUGUGUCAUGAUGACCCAGACAUCAAAGACUGGGCGUCUCGCUGCCUGUCCCUGAUGGUACAGCUGUAUGGUGGGGAGUAUGCAGACACCUUCAGCCCAGAGUGUGUGGAGUGUUUCGCAGAGGCUCUCACUACUGCUGAUGCCAGGAGGCAGAAACUGCUGCUCAGAAUUAUCAAAAGAGUGAUUGUAACAGAGAAGAAACAUGCUGCCGUGUUGAGGGAACAGGGACAGCCUCUAGUGGAUGCCAUGACAAGUAUGGUGAAGGUGGCAAGUUCCCAUGCAGAUGUUGCGGUGUCGUCAUUGGCUGCAGACAUACUCAAGACCAUCGGUGUCAAAUUAUAAACAUGUACACCAAUGCCUUACAUUGUAGUCAGUGGCCUUCCAGAGUUCUACAUGAAUAUCUGUGCUGUGAAAUGAUGCACUCUUAACUUAUGACUUCUUAUGAAAGACUAGGUGAAAAGAAAAUGUGUGCUGUGGAGAUUUUU